GGCCGCAAAACCGUCACACGCUUGUGCCGGCCGCCUGUGUCCUCUGCACUUCCUGCCGCUGUCGGCCUCCACCCCGCUCCAACUCCCAAGCCGUCCACCCCUCCUCUCCCGGCCCCCGCCCGCCGCCAUGAGGAGCCCCGGACUCUUCUCCGACAUCGGCAAGAAGGCCAAGGACCUGCUGACCAAGGACUACACCUGCGACCGGGAGGUCACCCUCUCCACCGUCACCGCCUCCGGGGUGUGUCUCACCUCAACUGCUGUGAAGAAAGGAGGACUUUAUUCUCUUGAUAUCAGCUCAGUGUACCAGCACAAAAAUGCCCUCAUCUGUUUCAAAGUGGACGCGGAAUCAAAUGUCUCCACUACUUUUAAUGUACUGGGAGUCCUGCCAUCCACAAAGCUUGCGAUUUCUGUUAAGCUGCCUGAUUGCAAUGCUAGUAAGAUCUCUACUGCCUUUAUAAUAUCUGAAGCCCUGCCAUACAGGAAGCUUGUGGUUUCUGUUAAGUUACCUGACGACCCAUUAAAGUUGAAGCUGCAAUACUUCCAUGAAAAUGCAACUUUUGCCACUGUGGUUCGCAUGAAGCCCUCCCCUAUGAUUGAGUUUUCUGCUACAGUAGGCACGGAAGGUGUUGCCUUUGGUGCUGAAUGUAGAUACGAUGCAGCAAGAGGGAAAUUUAGAAAUUACAGAGCUGCUAUUGGCAUGACUAGUAAAUACUAUCAUGCUGCACUCAUUAUGGCUGACAAAGGCGACACCAUCAAAGUGUAUGGCCUGUACCAUUUUGAUAAGAAGCAGAAGGUCUCAGCUGUAGUAGAAUUAACGCGGAAACUCUCAAAGAAAGAGAACACGCUCACUGUUGGCGGUCUCUACACUGUUGAUGCUCAGACAACAGUGAAGGCAAGGCUCAACGACUCUGGAAGUCUUGCAGCUCUUCUUCGGCUUCAGGUGAAACCAAAGUCACAUCUGAUGAUCUCGGGUGAAUUCGACAUGAAGGCCUUGGAUAAACCUCCCAAGAUUGGUUUAGCUCUCGCUCUCGUACCCUGAUGGGAUGCUCCGUAGUAGAGCUUAACAAAAUAUUGAGGGUUUUUUUGGGCGGUUUGCAAAGCUGAAGGAAAUAACUUGGUUUGAAGACAGCGAAUGUUCGGUUUAUGUCUUGAAAGUGUGGGCAAAAUAUGGAGUUGCCCACAGGAUUUGGGUGAAUUGUUGACCACUUUUUGGUCUUGACGGAAUCAGAUACCAAGUCUCGCUGAUAGAUAUGCACUGCUUUCAUUUUUUUAAAGAUGGUAUAUGCUAAUUGUCGAU